AUGGGUUGCGGAGGAAGUAUAAUGUCAAAGUCAAGUUUAGCCAUUGACAAGGAUCUUGCCAAUGAGAAAAAGUCGAUGGAUAGAGAAAUCAAAAUAUUGCUUUUAGGUGCUGGUGAUUCUGGUAAAUCAACAAUAGCAAAACAAAUGCGUUAUAUUCAUACACGUGGUUUCUCAAAUGAUGAAGUCAAAAACUAUAGUGAUAUUAUGCAAAGUAAUGUCUUGCAAUGUGUUCAACUUUUGGCAAGAAACCUAGAAAAUUAUGAUAUUCAAGUAGCUCCAGAACUAGUUAAAGAAAUAGAAUACUUUAAAGAUAUCAAUCCAUAUGAAUUACCAUUAGAAGAUCAUAUGGUAAAGUCUGUUGUUGCCAUUUGGAAAGAUGCUGGAAUCCAACAAUUAUAUGAAAAGAGAAACGAAUUUAAUUUAUUGGAAGUAGCUCAAUAUUGUUUAGAUUCAGUUGAAAGAAUCUCAGCCGAUGGUUAUAUUCCAACACAAGAAGAUAUUUUAAAGUGCAGACAAAGAACUACUGGUAUGAAAGAGACAGUCUUUACCGUUGAACAGGUUAGAUUCAGACUUUUGGAUGUUGGUGGUCAAAAGAAUGAACGUAGAAAAUGGAUGCAUUACUUUGAGGAUGUCAAAACCAUUAUUUUCUGUGUUGCACUCGGAGACUACAAUAUGAACCUCGUCGAAGAUGGAGCCACCAAUCGUAUGGAGGAUUCAUUAAAAUUAUGGAAGGAAAUCAUUGGUAAUCCAUAUUUCAAGGGUACUUCUUUUGUUCUUUUCUUAAACAAGAAUGAUCUUUUCAGAGAAAAGGUUGUCAAAGAUUCUUUGGCAAACUAUUUCCCAGAUUACUCUGGUGGACUCGAUUAUGAAAGAGGUUUAGAAUUUAUUAGAGGUAAAUAUCUCCAAAUGGUUCCACCAAGUAUGACUGUAGUUGCACAUGUCACUACGGCUACCGAUACUGAAAAUAUUAGUGUGGUUUUUGAUGCUGUUCGUAGAACUAUUAUCAACCAAAUUCUUAAAAUUCACUUUUAA